AUGUCAGCGAUUCUGCUCCAGAAAGCGAGGGUGACCUGCGUAUAUUGGGAGCGAAAGGUGUUUGUCAUGGUCAGCGUGGCUGAGGGAUCAACUUCAGCGUCUGCCGAGAAGCCGGUGAACUGGAUGCGCGAACUGGCAGCUUCCCCGUGCGAGGUGGUCAUGACCAAAAUAACGAGUGAGUUUUUCCGGUUGCCCAGCCGACCGAAGUCCAAGGAGGUGCUCAACUUCCUGAAGAACUUCAAGUCAAAGAGGAAUAAGAACCGAUACCGCGACGUUCCAUGCCUCGACAAAACGCGCGUCGUUUUACGCAACACCAGUAGCGACUACAUCCACGCCAACUGGGUAAAGCUUCCGUCGCUUCAGUGCAAUUACAUUUUGACGCAGGCUCCUUUGGAGAACACAAUGACAGACUUCUGGGAAAUGGUUUGGCAAGAACGAGUGGAAAUAAUCAUCUGCCUGGCUCAAGUGAUCGAAAAGGGUAGGCAGAAAUUGCAUGAAUAUUGGCCGAUGGAAGCCGAAGACAAGAUGCAGCGUUACGGAAGGUUUUGCGUCAAGAAUACCGGAGUAACUACCAAAGAAGCAUACUGGGUGUCGCUGCUCGAAACGAUGAACACGGACACGAAGGAAAAACGGAGGGUGAUCCACUACUUGUACCUCGAUUGGCCGGAUCACAGAGUGUUGAUCAGGCAGGUGAAUAAGGAAAUCAACGUGAAAAACCUGCCGCCAGCAGCGAUCAUAGUUCAUUGCUCGGCUGGCGUCGGCAGAUCCGGGACCCUGGUCGCACUGCAAGUGCUCAUGAAAGAAAUCGACAAAAACAUGACGCCCAACAUCAGAGAUGUGGUAAACGAGAUCAGAAAGCAGCGAGCCAUGGGCGUUCAAGCAAUCGAGCAGUAUGUCUUCCUCUACAGAGCAGUUAUUUCUUACGCCCUCAGCAACUGCAGUAUGACAAUAAACCAGAAAAAGGAAAUAUACGAACAACUGGAUUGGCUACGAGAAAGCACCACCAAAAGCCAGUGUAAUCUAGUAAGCGAUGACCAUUGA